AUGGGCGGAGAAACCUUCGAAGAUCAGUUUGAACCCAUAGAGUUAUUGGGCAGUGGUUCUUUUGGGAAGGUGCACAAGGUCCGCUCGCGCAAGGAUGGACGUAUCUACGCCUGCAAGGAGAUAGAGUACACCAAGAUGAGCUCCAAGGAGGUAUCCCUUCUCCAGUCCGAGGUUAUUAAUCUUCGACGCAUGAGCCACCCACACAUUAUCGCCUAUUACUCCACGAUUCACGAUCAGGAUGCGUCCGUGGUCUUCAUCAUCAAUGAGUACUGUGGGAAAGGCGAUCUGACAAAAUACAUUCGGACUUAUCGCCAGAAGAAGGAGAACAUUCCUGAGGCCACUAUAUGGAGUAUGUUCCAUCAGAUGGCCCUUGCCUUGGAGUAUUGCCACUCUCCGAACAAACCUGGUUUCAAGCCAGGGGAGAUUGUCAUUCACAGGGACAUCAAGCCUGCAAACGUCCUCAUCACAGAUGACGACCAGCUGAAGCUGGCAGACUUUGGUUUUUGCCGCACGAUUGGGCUUGACACCAUGGCACAGACCAAGGCAGGUUCUCCUGUUUACUGUGCGCCGGAGGUACUGCGCGAGGAGGACUACAACGAGAAGGCAGACAUAUGGUCUCUCGGCUGUGUCAUCUAUGAGCUCUGCUGCGUCGAAUACGCGUACAGCAGCAUCAAUGAGAAGUUUCUAUUGAUAUCUAUGAUGCAGCAGAAGCGAAAACCCAUUCCUUCUUGCUACAGCCGUGACUUGGCGGAGGUGAUUGAGCGGAUGCUGCAGGUUGAUUUCAAGAAGCGUCCGAGUGCCACAGAGCUCCUAGCCCAUCCCAAAUUCAAAGAGUAUAACCUUACCCGAGCCAGUAACAAGAGUCCUGCCCUUGCUGCUGCUCGCAUCUCUGGGCCUUCUAGCAAGCCCCCGGCCUCUGGCAACACUCCUUCCCAGACACCUCAACCGGGUACUGCUGCUGCCAAGAAUGCUGCGUCCCUCGGUCGUGUUUCUGGCUCACCGGAGCGGGCACUCCCAGCGUCAACAGGACAGUAUGGCUCCAAUCUAGUUGCACCGCCCUCGCGCGGAGCUAUCGCUACCACACCUACCGUUCCUACCAAUGCCAGCAAGGGCGCCCCUAAGGAUUCUGGACAGCUUCAUGACGUGAUUGUGAGACAGAAGAAGGAGAUUGAUGAGCUAAAAGCGAGAGUGUCGUCAGGGUCGACGUCCCAUGGUAUUUCCGAGAACGCCAGGAACACAAUAGUCAAGGCAAGUGAUGAGAUUAAGAAGAAGGACGACGAGAUUAUUCGCUUGUCCGACACUGUCUUUAAUAAGGAGGAGGAGAAUGCCGCUCUGCGCCGCGAAAUAGCUGCCUACGAGAAGUUCACAACUACCGUUCUGAUGCCCAGACCGGGCGAGAACCCACUCGCCGAUGGUGUGACAAGGCUUAUGCUUGCUGCGCAGAAGGGCCUUACUGCGGUUGUACAGCACCUUCUUUCUCAGGAAAUUGGGCUUCGAAGUGCCUCUGGGAAGACUGCCCUCAUGUAUGCUGCUGAGAAUGGACAGAACGCGUGUGUCCGUCUGCUAAUGGACAAAGAAGGAGGGAUGCAAGACAACAAGGGGACCACUGCCCUUAUGCGUGCAAGCAUUGGCGGACGCUUUGAGACGUGCAAGAUUCUCUUCGCUAGGGAGUCCGGCAUGCAGUCUCAGGAAGGCGAUACGGCGCUGACCUACGCCACGAUACGUGGGAACACAGAGAUUAUACGACUGCUUGCUCCGCGCGAGGCAGGCCUCCAGUUGAAGGACGGAAAGACAGCCCUUAUGAGUGCAGCGUCUCGUGGCUUCCUGGAGGCGGUCAAGAUACUCUACGAUCGGGAAGGGAAACUCGUUGAUAAGAAUGGGCGCGACGCUCUCUACUACGCCCAGCAGAAAAAUCUAGGAGAUAUAAUCGCCUUCUUGCAGUCUAAGAGGUAG